AUGAGUUCUUCAUCAAAAGAUCGUGGAAAUAAAAGUAAAGAUGAUUGUCAAAUUCAUGUUGAUAAAGAAGGUGAAUCAUGUGUCAUCAAAAUUGAAAGUAUUGGUCAAGAAAAAAUGCUUAAAGAAUUAUUAGGUCGUUUUAAUAGUUUAAAAACUGAAGUUGAUCAAUUAUUAGUUGAACAACAAAAACAACAACAACCACCAAAAGAAAUAGUUACUGCUAUACAAGAUAUAACAACAAAACUUCAACCAUUAGAAAAUCAAUUACAACAAGUAAAUAAAUAUGUUGGAGAUAAUCAAAAAUUACAUAAUGAUUUAAAUAAAAAAUUUGAUGAAAUUAUACAAGAUUUAAAUCAUUUUAAAGAACAACAAAAACAUUUAGGAUUAUCCAAAGAUACACUUGAUAAAAUACUUCAAAAAUUAGAUUAUCUUGAUAAAUCAGAUUUACAAAAUCUUAAACAACAAAUUCCAACAAAAAAUGAUAUAAAACCAAUUCUUGAUGCUGUUCAAAAUCUUCAAUCAUCAUUUGAUAAAGAAAAACCGAAACCAGAUAUUCUUGCACGAAAAUUAGAUUCAAUUGAUCAAAAAUUAAAAGAAUCUCAUCCGGAACAUAUGGCUAGUAUGAAAGAUAUUCAAACAAAAAUCGAUUCUGUACAUAAAAUAACACCACAAACAAGUGAAACAUUAACGAAAAUAAAUGAUCGAAUUACAUCUAUGCAUACCGAUACAACGAAAUCUCAUCCUGAUAUAAUUAAAAAAUUAGAUGAUAUUAAUCAUCAUUUAAAAGAUCAGCCAAAUCAUAUUAUUGAACCAAUAAAAGAAUUUUUUAAUGAAAAAUUCAAUCCUCUUAUUGAACAUCAAAAAAUUCAAGUACAAACUAAAAAAGAUGAUGAAGAAAAAUUAGGCUCUCCAAAUAUUACUGAAAGAGAUCAUGAUAGUAAUAGUCCAAGUCGCACUCCUUUAUGUAUAAAUGGAAUAAUACCUACUUUAUCGAGUUUAUCUGAUCCGCAUGUGCUUCAAGCACUCGCAGGUGAUAUUGCAAAGAAAUUAGCAGAAAUUCAAACAAAAAUUUCAUCAUCAGACGAAUUCAAACGAAAACAAGAUGAUUUGAUUGGAAAUUUAACUAAACAACAAGUGCCAUUAAUUGAUGAAAUCAAACGUUUAACACCAAUAUUAGAUAAAUUAAAACAACAACAACAAAAAGAUUCAGAAAAUUUUAAUCAAAAUUUAGACAAAUCAUUUCAACCAAUAGCACAAAAAUUAAAUGAUUUAUCAAAACAACAAGAUUUAUUAAAUAAUAUGGAUUCAAAAUUAAAUCAUUUAACACAAAAUAUCGAAAAAGAAAAUGAUCUUAAAAAACGAUUAGAUACACAAACAACUAUUGGUAAAGAGAUUAUUACUCAUACUCAACCACUUCAACAAGCUAUUGAUAAUUUAUCUAAACAACAACAACCAUUAAUGGAAGUUAUACGUGAAAUACCUAAAAAACUUGAUCCAUUAACACAAUCUGUUAAAGCAAUAAAAGAUGAUCUUGAUCAUCAUCGAGCACAAAAUCAAAAUCAUGAUAAUGAAACUUUAUUAAAUAUUGAAAAAAAAUUAAAUCAAGUAUUAAAUGAUCCACAAAAACGAUUAGAAACUACACAAGAUAUUGAAAAAGCUCUUCAUCCAUUUUCACAAAUUAUUAAAACAUUAAAAGAUAGUAUUGAACAAUCUUAUGUUCAACAACAAACUGAAACAAAAAAAUUAGAUAACAUUGAACAACGUUUAUCAAAAUCUAUUGAUGUAACAUCGAAAUCAUCCGAUAUAAUUGAUCCUAUUAUGAAUAAAUUAAACGAAAUAACAAUAAAUCUAAAAGAAUCCAAACAAAUAGAUCCAACAAUAAAAAAAUUAUCUAAUGAAAUUGAAACUUUAAAAACGCUUAUAGAAAAACAAUCAACACCUGAUGAUAUUCUAUUGAAAUUAAAUGAAAUAACUAAACAACAAAAAGCUCCGUUUGAAGCAGCACUUAAAGAUAUUCAUUCAAAAGUUGAACCACUUCAACAAGCAUCAAGAGAUUCAAUUGAUAUAAAGAAAAAGAAUGAUGAUAUUAAUAAUAAAAUUGAUAAACUUUUUGAUCCUUUAAAUAAUAUUAAUCAACAAAUUCGACAAAUUUCCGAUAAAUUCAAUCAUAUACAAUCAAAAACAAAUGAAGAUGUAUCGAAAAAACCAUCAGUGGAAUUAGCUAAUACAUUAAAAAAAUUAGAUGAUCAAGUUGAUAAACAACAACAACAAACAAAUAAAUUAUUAAACGAUAUUCAAAAUCAAUUAACUCAUGUCAAUAAUAAUUUACCUCCUAUGAAUGAUAUACCUAAACAACUAGAUAAACUAAAAGAUACACUUGUGAAAAUUCAAUCCAAUGAUGAUAAUAAUAAGAAUUCUGCUCAUUUAAUUCAAGAUAUGAAUGAUCGUUUAAAAAUUGUUGAUGAAACAUUAAAACGAUUACCUGAUCAAAUAUCAUCGAAAUCUAAACGUCCAUUACAUGUUGAUGAUAAUGAUGAAAAAACUAAUGCAACUAAUCUUCGACAAGUUCCAUUAAAUCAAUCGAUAUCACAGGAUUCAAAUAAAUUAAUAUCUAUAUCUGAUGGACAAACAGCAAAUCUAUUUACUAAUUUAUUAACACUUCAAACAGCUAUUCAAAAUUCAGAUAAUGUUUCAUGUCAAGAUAUACAACAAUAUUUAAAAAGAAUUGAACAAUUUUCAUUUGUGAAAAAUGAUCAUGAUUUACAAAAAUUAAUACAACAUGUAAAAGAUCUAUGUUUAAAUAACAAUACUAAUAAAAUUAAUAAUGAUUCGAAUAAAAAUUUAACUAAACGAAACAGUCCUUUAACUAAUACUGCUCAUAAAAAUUCAAUUGAACAACAUUCUACUACGGACAAUUUAGAGAAUAAUAAUCAUCGAAAGUCGAAUGAAAAUAAAGUUUCUUUACCAUUUGGAUAUUUAACAAAAUCACGUUAUAUUUCAUUAAUAUCAGAACAAACAAUACGUGAUAAUUGGCCAAAAUUAUCUCAACGAGCACGACCUAUUAUCGAAGAAAUUGUCAAUAAACCAUAUGAAUUUGAUAAUGGAACACAUCUUGAUCAUCUUAUUAAACAAAAUGGUCUUGAACAAUAUUCCUUAUUAACACGAAAUGCUAUUGAAAAAUCCGAUAAAGAUUAUGAUAAAUUAUCUUAUAUGAUGGAUUCAAUUGUUUUUGAUAAUAUGACUAUGAUUGGUUGUCGUGAAGCAUUCAUACGUCCUUGGGAUCCAUCAUUACUUAAUCGUGCUUCAUCCAAAGGAUUGUAUCCAUAUCGAUCUGGUGAAGGUCGUGAAAUUGAAAGAUUUAAAGUAAAUAAAGAUAUAUCAUUAUGGAUGGUUGAAACUGAUGAUACAAAACCGUAUCAUCCAGCAGAAUUUAUGCCAAAUAAUGGACGUUUAAAUGAAAAAUAUGAUCGAAUUCAACAACCACAAUUUACUGAAAUUCGUCAAAAACGUCGUGAAGAUGAAACACGUUGGAAUGAACGAUAUGCAUUUACGAAAGAUAAUCGAAUAGUUUUAUUUAUAAAUGAUCUUCGAUCAUAUUUUAUGGAUUAUGAUACGAAAAGAAAAUAUCAAGUACAUGAUGGUGUACCAAUUAAUCCUGUUUGUCGAACAGGAAUUGCUGGUCGAGGAGAUUUACCAUUCUGGGGACCUAAUCAUUGUGUUAUUACUGUUUUAUUAAGAAAUAUAAAUGAACCUGAAGUUGUUUUAAUGAAACAUCAUGGUAAUGCAUUAGUUUUACCAAAAGGUUUUUAUGGUCAUGAAGCUCGUUAUGAUAAUCAAAUAAAAAUAGUUCAAGAUCCUGUUUCUGGACAAAUUCUUCCAUCAAAUCUUUUUGAUUAUUGGUGGUCAAAUAUUGUUAAAUUAAAUGAAAUAAAUAAUUCAACAAAUAAUUUAAAACGUAUUUUAAAUGAUAAAGAAUUAAAAGAAGAAUUUGCUGAAAUAUUUUCUCAAAAAGGAUGUAAUAAAAGUGUUUUUGAUAAUGGUUAUGUUGAUCAUCCAUUAAAUACAGAUCAUGCAUGGGUUGAAUCAAGUAUAUGGAAAAUACAAUUUAAAGAUUGGCGUAUACCUGAAAUGAAAUCAGCAAAAUAUGCGAUUGCCGAUGAUUUAAAAACGAAUAGUACAUUUCCAUUUGUUUGGAUGAAAUUAAUUGAUGCAAUAUUAAUUGUACCUCCGUUUGAUAGAGGUAUACUCGUUGAUGUACUUGCUACUGGAAUGCCAUUGUAA